AUGUCUGACGCUCAAGAGGACAUUAUCGGUUUCGCACAGGAGCUCGACGUCACGAUAGCUUCUCGACCAUCAUCUCGGCCGUCAAGUAUGGAGCGGCAAACAAAACUUGCUCAUCUUAAGCUCGUUUCCAAGUACUACGGAUACUCCAACUUUUCAUACCCGCGACCCGACGGCACUCCAACCCGCAAUCCGUAUAGAAGAGCCGGCCAAACGUACUCGUCCGAAGAUCUUGCUCAAGACUACGACCAUCACGGACUGGCAAGCCCAGAAACACCAACCAAAAGAGAUCGCACUUCCAUGGGCUCGCAAGGCUCCAACAGUUCAGCACCCAGCCUCAUCGAUGAUCGGACUGAUUCAGAAGUAUCACUAGACGACGACUACCAGUACCACGCUUCCGCAUCUCAGCUUUGGGACACCUUCUGGCCUAUUGAUGAGGGAAAGACUCAGCAGACUCCAGAGAAAUCCAAGACCCAGUAUCCCGCAUUGAUCCCGUCACCACAUAUCCGAAGGGCGAAGAAGACGGGUUGCAUCAAUUAUGACGCUUACCCCCUGCCACCCCGACCUGUCGAGUAUAACAUUCAGGUCCAGCACUCACCAUCGCCAGCCCCAUCCACCACCGAGGACCCUGUGACUCAAAACCAGCCACCCGCAACUAUGCCUGAGUCGCCAGUCCCUCAACCUGUCCAGGACCCCGAGGACCCUGAACCUCGGAGCCCUCCGGAACCUCGCCGGACCAUUCGUGCCGUCCGCUCUUCUUACAGCCUUUUCCCUCGUACUCAGCCUCAAGCACCAAGCUAUCCUCCACCACCUCCACCACACUUUUCUACUCUCUCAUCUCGACCAAGUAUGGGCAAUCUUCGCAAGGGACACCGUCCACCACCCAUCCAUCUCCAUUCCAUGCCCAUGUCCACGUCCACGUCCCCUGCCGCGCCUCUGUACUCUCCCGCCACAGCAUCUCUGUUCUCGCCUCUCUCAUCGCCCCUCUAUUCUCCCCUGCCAUCUGAUUACACGAGACCUCAUACCUCUCAUGGGAGUUAUUAUCCAUGUACUGCCGACCUCACCCAUCCCCGUUCGGCUCCUUUACCGCCGCUGACGCCGACAAUAAACAAAUCGUCGGGUCUGGACACGCCCAAAUCUUUUUUCGACUUCGACUCGGAUUCGGACUCUGAUGGCACGGAGCCCGAGCACACCAUCUCUCGCUUCGUCAAGACGCUGCACAAGCGCACCGUCAGCGAGACUCGGCGGAGUGCCAAGGGAGCCGCCUAUGCCGAUGCUCAGCUCCGCAAAAUCCGCGUCGAGACCGAGGCCGAGAGAAUUCGGGAGAAUCAGAUGCUUUUUGAACGAUAUAAGAGAUCUGGUGCCGUCUUUGGGCGUAUGUUUGGACGCACGCACGGAAGAUCGUCAAACGCAUCCAAAGAGCACCUCAAUUAG